GAGCCCAUUUUUCCUAAAUUUGAACGUAAUAGUGCGAACUUUCUCCAGAUAUAAUUUCCUAAAAUUAAACGGCGCUGACAAGUUACUUAAAAAAACCUUACGACGUGCAGCAAAGAUACUAACGUUACGGGUCGAUGACCUGUGUUGUGUAAGUUAGUGGUAGCCUAACAGCAUCACAUGACGUAACGUCACAUUGUGAUGCUGUUAAAUGCUGUUUCAGCUUCGGGAAUAAGAGUGAUAUUCGUAGGUUAAACUCUGGCAUGGGAACAGGUCCUAAACGCAGCAUUUGUGCUAAACAGAGUGGAGAACUGAGAGUUGCAUUAUGGAGGCUGUCAUUGAUUUCUUAAAUGUAAUCUACAUCAAGGCCAGUGGAUUGUCUGUUACUCUGCACCUCUUUCUCAUAUAGAGUCUUCUCUACUGGUAUUCAAUUUACCCAUUUGGGGCCCUUUCCCGAUGUGGCAUCAAACAUCCAAAGCCAGCACCUUUCUUGGGCAACAUAUUCAUGUUUCGCCAUGGUUUUUUGGACCCUCUCAAUGAUCUCAUAAAGACAUAUGGCAGAGUUUGUGGGUACUAUUUGGGCCGGAAACCAGUGGUGGUGGUAGCGGACCCUGACAUGCUCAGACAAGUGAUGGUCAAGGACUUCAGCAGCUUCCCAAACAGGAUGACUAUUCGCUUUGCCUCCAAGCCCAUGUCUGACAGUCUGAUCAUGCUGAAGAAUGAACAAUGGAAGAGAGUGCGGAGCAUCCUGAACCCAACAUUCAGUACUGCCAAGAUGAAAGAGAUGAUUCCACUCAUCAACACAUCCACUGACGCCCUGAUGAGCAACUUGAAUGUCUUGGCUGAGUCAGGAGAGGCUUUUGACAUCCACAAGUGUUUUGGCUGCUUCACCAUGGAUGUUAUCGCCAGCGUGGCAUUUGCAACUCAGGUGGACUCUCAGAACAACCCAGAUGACCCGUUUGUCCGCCAUGCGCAGAUGUUCUUCUCCUUUACUUUCUUCAGACCAAUCAUGCUGUUUUUCAUUGCUUUUCCAAUCAUAGCUCCUCUGGCUAAACUGAUGCCCAACAAAAGACGAGACCAGAUGAGUCAGUUCUUCAUCAACAGCACUCAGAAGAUCAUCAGGCAGAGAGAGGAGCAGCCUCCCGAGCAGAGGCGUCGAGACUUCCUCCAGCUGAUGUUAGAUGCACGAACCAGCAACGAGUCUGUGUCUUCGGAUCACACAGCGAGCAAUGCAGGAGAGCCGGCUCACAGGAACCAGGAAACACAGCCGUCGGCCUCGGAUCAGGACGACCACCCACAGGAGGCCCCCACCAGGCGGCCACAGAAAAAGAUGAUAACUGAGGAUGAGAUUGUAGGUCAGGCUUUUGUCUUUUUUGUGGCAGGCUAUGAAACCAGCAGCAACACGUUGGCUUUCACCUGCUACCGUCUGGCCAUCCACCCAGAAUGCCAGAGCAAAGUGCAGGAAGAGGUGGACGAUUUCUUUACUAAACAUGAGUCACCAGAUUACACAAAUAUCCAGGAGCUGAAGUAUUUAGACAUGGUUAUAAGUGAAGUAUUGCGCCUCUACCCUCCUGGAUUCAGGAUAUCGAGAGACAUCGAGCAGAACUGUGUGUUGAACGGCCAGUUACUCCCUAAAGGAGCGACGCUGGAGAUCCCAGUGGGCUUCCUCCACUAUGACCCGGAGUAUUGGCCAGAGCCUGAGAGGUUCAUCCCUGAGCGAUUCACACCAGAGGCCAAAGCCAGCAGACAUCCAUUUGUGUACCUGCCGUUCGGGGCCGGUCCCCGUAACUGUGUGGGGAUGAAGCUCGCCCUGCUGGAAAUGAAAAUUGCUCUUGUGCGUCUGUUCCGCAGGUUCACCGUUGUGGCCUGUCCUGAGACCAAGGUUCCUCUUGAGUUGAAGUCGUCAAGCACUUUAGGACCAAAAAAUGGAAUAUUUGUGAAAAUUCAAAGAAGAAACACAGGAGAAGGUUAAACUUCCAUGUUUCUAAUCUCCUCAAAGAAAGCUGCUAUUUUAGAGUGAAGGAGUGAUCUGUGAAAGGAUGGGAAAUCCUCCAUGUUUUUGUUUCUGAUAACCAACAUAAUACUGUAUAUCAAAUGUUUUAGAAUAUUACGUGA